AUGGAUCGGUUUGGUAGGGAUUACAGUGGAAAAGGCUGUGCAUUUUCAGGGGUUGGGUUGAGGUUGUCUUUGCAUCUUCUUGCCUACUUGGCAAAAUUCACUAAGAUGUUUGCUCUGGAAAAGGGAAGCAGAGGACCUGCAACCCUGCCAAGUGGGAAACCUUCAGUCCAGUUUGGUGGUUUUGGCAUUCUGAAGUGUUUUGUGCCUUGCUUUUGCCCAUCUGUCGAACGUGCUGGCUGGCUGUUGCUUGUUCUCUUCAUUCAUUUAUGGGGAGAUAACUCUUUGAAUACGAGGCACAUGCCAUGUUUGAAUACUUCAACUUCAGACAAAUGUCACCCAAAUGGUAUGAAGUAUCCAGACAAAUUUUCUCCUUCAGAGGGUAUAAAAUGUCACAACCAACCUCCUUCACCUUUGACAGUUACAUCCUGUGGAAAAGUUGGAACUGCAAAACUUCCAAGUGCCCAAUCUGAGGGGGAAAUCCUGUCAUCAUCUCAUGCAAAAGCCCUAUCGUUUAUUGAGCUUAGGAAUGCUACCAGAAACUUCCGUCCUGACAGUCUUCUUGGAGAAGGAGGUUUUGGAUAUGUUUAUAAGGGAUAUCUUGAUGAGCAGACUCUUAAUGCUUCCAGGCCUGGGUCUGGAAUCGUGGUUGCUGUCAAGAAGCUUAAACCCCAAGGCUUCCAAGGCCACAAAGAAUGGCUGGUGGGGAAUGCACCACCUCUUUCAUGGGAAACAAGGGUGAAGAUUGCCAUAGCUGCCGCUCGAGGGCUCUUCUUCCUCCACAGCUCAGAAUCACCAGUUAUUUACCGUGAUUUUAAAGCUUCUAAUAUCCUGCUAGAUUCGUUGGUGUUAUUCCAUCCAGAUUUGACAGUCUCUGCUAGCAAUGGUGGUACCGAAGAAUUUAAUGCUAAGCUUUCUGACUUUGGAUUGGCAAAAGCUGGGCCCACUGGCGAUCAAACGCAUGUAUCUACUCAGGUGAUGGGUACUCAAGGCUAUGCUGCCCCUGAAUAUAUUGCUACAGGUCGACUGACUACAUCAUGUGAUGUUUAUAGCUUCGGGGUUGUGUUGCUUGAGCUACUCACAGGGCUUCGUGCUGUUGAUAAAACAAAGGUUGGUGUGGAGCAGAAGCUGGUGGAAUGGGCAAAAAUCCACUUGGAUGACAAGCGCAGGAUAUUCCGGAUCAUGGACACCAAGUUGGCAGGGCAAUACCCUAGGAAAGGAGCUUGCAUUGCUGCCGCACUUGCGAUGGAAUGUGUGGGGUCCAAUCCAAAAGCCCGUCCCGAUAUGAAUCGUGUUUUGUCCAUUCUUGAAGGGCUGCCAUCAUUGAAACUUAUGUCCUUAACUUCCCUUUCAGAGCAACCAACUCUAUCUAGUCCUGUUACCCCCGAAGGGUCCCCAUUGCCGUAUCACAUGAUAUCUCCACAGGCAAGAUGA